CAACAACCACGAAGCAGAAACUUGUGCCGGACCAGCCGCUUUGCACUUUCAUUUCUUUAGACUAGUAGCAGUUGCACAAAGAGCUCGUCGUGUUGGACCUCAUGAGCGGCCUGAUGAUUGCGCUCCUUAUAUUUUUUGGGCUGGCGUGCUCUGAGCGGCUCGUAGUGUUCGGUUCGGUUGUGGAUGUGAGAGUGGAGCUCGGAGAAGACAUCGUGAUGCACUGUGAUUGCACCACAGCGAGCGGGGUUCUGGUGGUCUGGUACCGCAACUGCUCCCACGCGCACCAGCCAACGUUGGUUUUGAAACUACGGACCAAGUACCUGCACCAUUUACGCAACGACCCUGUGAGCUGGAUGACCCCUUUGCCUCGAUUUCGGUUUGUGAAGAACGACUCGUCCAAUUCCUACGAUCUGUCCAUCAGUAACGUGACCGAGUCUGACGUAGGUUUGUACUACUGUGGAACCGAAACACCCAGUCUCGAGGAGGAUGGAGCGAGUUAUCUCCAGAAAACGUACAAAUAUGAGUACGGGAACACAUCAACACAGCUAACGUUAAAAUCCUCGGGAGUAUCUGAGUGCUCAAAACCUGAGUGGUGGUCCACGCUGGUGCUGACUGUGACCGUGAUCCUCUUCUCCAACCUGUGCUUCAUCGUUCUGUAUCAUCUCUGUCAUCGGAAACAUGAUGACAGAUUUCACACAACAGCUCAUCAGGAUCAGGACCCGUAUUUAACCAUUGUGGAGUUUGGAGCCAAGGAAAGAAAAAAUCAGUAGCACCAAGCUGAUCAUUUAUUGCCUUAAAUUAAAAGA